AUGGAUAAAUCAAUAAUAAAAGGGUUGAAUGACAAAGUAUAUGAAAAGAGAAAAACUACUGCACUAGAGUUGGAAAAGCUGGUUAAACAGUGUUUGGUCGAUAAUGACUACGCCAGAAUUGAUAAAAUUAUAAGUGAACUAUGUAGGGAUUACGCGUACGCCUUACAUCAGCCAAUGGCAAGAAACGCUGGUUUGAUGGGAUUAGCCGCUACUGCUAUAGCACUAGGGUCAAAUGAUGUGUCGAAAUAUCUCAGAAAUAUCCUGCCGCCUGUUUUGGCUUGUUUUGGUGAUCAGAAUGACCAAGUCAGAUUUUAUGCUUGCGAGAGUCUUUAUAAUAUUGCGAAGAUCUCGAAAGGUGAAAUUCUGGUAUAUUUUAAUGAAAUAUUUGAUGUAUUAUGUAAAGUGAGCGCUGAUACAGAGAAUUCUGUUAGAGGUGCAGCCGAAUUAUUGGAUAGAUUGAUCAAGGAUAUUGUAGCUGAGCGAGCCUCUAGUUAUAUUAGUGUAGUCAGUAAUAAUCCUGAUGAUGUACCUCAAUCUACCAAUGUUGAUCCUUUAACGGGUAAUGUAUAUCAAAAUAAUUUUGAACAAAAUGAUGACUUGGCAUUCUCGCUUCCAAAAUUUAUUCCUCUUCUUAUUGAACGUAUCUAUGCUAUUAACCCAACCACAAGAAUGUUUUUAGUUGAUUGGAUUAAAGUGCUAUUAAAUGCGCCAGGCCUCGAGUUGAUAACUUUUUUACCUGCCUUUCUGGGGGGUCUCUUAACCUUUUUGGGAGAUUCUCAUAAAGAUGUUAGAGUGGCUACGCAAUCAUUAUUGGAUUUGUUAUUAAAAGAAGUUAUCAGAAUAGCUACUCUACAAAAUGAUAUUCAAAAGCGAAUUGAUGAACAGAUGGGAUUAUUAAAAGAACAGAAUAUUUCAAUAAAGAAAGAAGAUGGUACUAUUAUUGCAGAAAGGAAAAAGUCAUUGAUGAAUGCCUUUGGAACUGAACAGCAAGUGAAACCAAUCGCUAUAGAACAAACAGGUACGAAUGUUGGUAGAGAAACCUUGGAAUCAUCAUUAGGUGAUAUAUCAGACUCAAAUCAAUUGCGUGAUGGUGAUGAAUAUAUUCCCGGACAAGAUAUAAAAUUAAAUUUUCCUGAUAUUAUUUCAAUUCUAGUGAACAAUUUAGCUUCUUCAGAACCAGAAAUUCAAUUACUCACGUUGAGUUGGAUGGACACUAUUUUGGGCCUCUCGCCCGAUGAUUUUAUCCCAUAUUUAUCCAAAAUUCUAUCCUUAUUGUUAAAACUUUUAAGUUCUUCUGAUCUUCACAUCAGUGAAAUAUCCCACAUAUUAAACGAGAAGUUGUUGGUAUUAUGUUCAAACUAUGAUGAAUCUAGAUAUCAUGAUUUGAUUGCAUAUGGUUCUAUUGUGAAUAGUUUAACUUUGAAAUUUUUUGAUAGUGAUGUGGAGGCUAAAGUUGCCUGUUUGGAUUGGUUAAUAUUGAUAUACAGAAAAGCUCCAUCUGAGAUUUUAGAACAUAAUGAUAGUAUGUUCUUAACUUUAUUAAAGUCUUUGUCUAAUAAUGAUAUCAGGUUAAUUGAGAGAGCCCUGAAUUUAUUACAGAAUUUAUGUUCCAAGGCAAACGAUAAAUAUUUAAGGAAAUUCUUAGAAAACUUUUUAAAUCUACUAAAAAAGGAUCCAAAAUUACUGAAGAUGCGUGCAAACUAUAUCAUGAGAAAGAUUUGUGCAAGUCUAACUCCAGAACGUGUAUACAAAGUACUGGCAUCGAUUCUUAACUCACAAGAAGAUGUUAUCUUCACACGUAUGAUAAUUCAGAUAUUGAGUACAAAUUUACUUACUGCGCCAGAAAUGUCCAUGUUGAGAAAGAAACUAAGGCAAUCGGAAGAUAUUAUGUUUUUCAAUUUACUUUUUAAAUCAUGGUGCCCAAACCCAGUAUCGGUUAUAGCUCUCUGUUUCAUAGCUGAAAAUUAUGAGUUAGUGUAUGCUAUAUUGCAAAUAUAUUCAAAUCAUGACAUCAAACUAAAUGAUUUGGUGCAGUUAGAUAUUCUGAUUCAAUUUUUUGAAUUGCCAGUAUUUACAAGAAUGAGAUUACAAUUAUUGGAACAACAAAAAUUUCCUUUCUUGUAUAAGUCACUUUAUGGGAUAUUAAUGAUGUUACCUCAAUCAAAAGCCUACGAUAUACUUAAUAAGAGGUUAACAAGUGUAAAUGUAUGGGCUAACCAAUUUUUCCCAAACACAACAUUCUAUAAACCGAGGGUUACGUCAGCCUCUGGGUCAAUAAGUGAUCCCGACAUUUCCCAAAGAUCAGUGGGACAAAGUAAACUUCACUGUCAAGAGUUAAUGGACCAUUUUGAUAAGAUCGUUGGAACUGAAGAUUUAUUUGACCCAGAUUAUAUAUCGGCAAAUAAUUCGCAACUUCCAAUUUUGGGAACAUUCCUUAACUCUGCAGAUGAUGACCAUGAUUCUUCUUUACCUAACAUUGGUCAAAUAAACUUGAAUGGUAACGACAAUUCGGAAGUACCUAAUGAUGCAAGUUCUGUAAUCGAGCAUAACUUGAAUCAAGACACCUCCACUACUUUACAAUCUAGAAAUACUCAGUAA